UUACACAAAGCCGAGCUGUGGGAAAUAUUAGAAGCGGAAACGGGUUUUACUUUUACAGGUAACUUUGGAGCGCAGCGCUCUCCAGCAUUAAGCAGUUUAGCUAGCAGUCUGGAGUUGCAGACCCAACGAAACGAACGAUUUCAAAAUCAGAAACUGUGCCAGCGCAUCGCGUAGGCCAGAAAAAAAACAAAGAAACAUUGCGGGGGCGUCAUCGUGGUGGGAAAUAGCAAUAUAAACAAACGGCAGCGGGAUGUCGAUGAGCAAUCUUUCAAUUGACGGGGAGUUCCGCUACAUUAUCCAGUGGUUCAAUGAAUGGAGCGAGUUGCAGCGGGAUGAUUUUGUCUACGUUUUCGUAGAGUACCUUGCCCGCGGUUCCAGCGAUGCCCAUGUAAAUGGCCUGAUCAACUCGCUGGCAAAUGCAUCCGUGCAGGAUAAGCCGAUGAGCCUGUUUCAGUGUCGCAUCAAACUGUUUCGUGAAUGGAGCCCCAAGUGGCCGAUCGAGUUUAAAUGCAAGCUACAGGAGAAGAUCAGCGAGAUCGACGCAAAGGUGGGGGAGAAGAUCAUCAAUGAGCUGCGGGGUCCCCAUUCCGUGCACAAUGGCAACGUAGCUGUGCAUUUAAAUGCAAAUGGGGCGAGCGAAGAAGUUGGGGACUCUGAAUUGGAGCAGGCUGCAGUGGAGGUAGAAGUGGCAGAGGUCGCAGCUCCAGUGGCAGAGGAAGACACUGAACCCGCUGCCGAAGCCGAUGACAAUCGCUUGGCUGCGGUUUUAAGCCAAGAGACGCCCGUUGAUGACGAUGUUGACGUGGUGGAAGAAUCUGUUGGGGAAAACAGCAAUAACAUUGCCGAUCUAAAUGGCCAUUAUCCAACGGCUGCAGUGACAACGAUUGCGGUGAAUACGUCUCCAUCUCCAUCGCCAUCCCCGACUCCCCAGCCGAUCGUCGAACCUGUAGAACAGGUCGAGAAUAGCGUUACUGUUUCUGUGGCAUCUGCAGAGGUUCCCCCGGUGGCUUAGACUCCGCACGAUCGUUCAGAACAAACCAGAUCGACUAUAAAAAGGCAUAAUGAGUAGUUAAGUAUUUUAGUUGUACAUCAUCAGCAACAGCAACUCGACAUUCCAUGCGAUGCAUUUCUAGUUAUGUAAGCCCAUCUUUAAGCCUACAUCUGGGCUUGGCCACUAAGUAAGAAUUUAUUCGCAUUCCGUAGGCCUUAGCCUGUUCAUCUAUCGACUAACUUAAGAGAAAGCAUUAAAGUAAAGAAAGCCUCAUUAAUACA